AUGUUCCGCCCCCAGCCCGGCCUUGGUCGCGAAAAGGAAAACACCCCGGCGCAGCUCGCCAAAUCGUCGGCGCUGCUGCAAAAACAGGCCUUCCAGACUCCUCGGCUUCCCUAUCCAGCGCUCAAAGCAUUGAACUCAAAGUUCAACACCCAGCAGAAGCAGCAGCUCGCCAACUCGGGACUCAAGCCUCACAAGGAAAACAUCAAGCUGCUCAACUCGGUGCUCAAGUCGAGCUACGCAUCCGGCCUGGACGAGACCUCCAAAGGAAACACUGGAACCCCGCUGCGUCCCAUCAACGUCAAUACCCAGGACUAUGAAAAAUCCGAGAAGCGAAAGGCCUUUCUUCAGAGCUCGGCCUCCGCCAAGAAGAAGAAAGCCAAGGCUGAGCCCACCGUCGAUCCUGCCGAGCUGCGCGCUAAGGAGAUUGCUGUUCCCGCCGAGAAUGUGCAGGCCGAAUCAGCAGAGGUCCUUGCCCUCGAUAGUGACGACCUGCCAGAGAUCGAAUAUCAGCCUCCAAGCGCUUCGUGCCUCGAUGUCUUCAAACCCGAGUUUGAUACAAUCGACUUUGACGAUCUGAUCAAGGCGCAUGUCGCCACCAUUCCCACCAUACUGAACACGGAGCCGCUGGACGCUCUGGGGUCUGUCAUCAAAUUCGACUUCGAGCCUGAGUCUGAGCCACUCGGUGCUCAAGCUCAGUACUGCGAUGCAGAAGACUCACUUUCGCCACUGCAAGAGCUUGAACCAUUGCCAGACGAUGCCGCACCCCUGUUCGAUCUUGCUGUAGUUAGCGCAGUCGAGCCGCAACCCAGGAGCAAAUCCAGUUCAGCGCGGGUCCGAUAUACAUCCCUAAUUCCACGACCAAGUCGGCUCCUCAAGAAGACCAAACGAAUGGACUGAUAUUUGUCGAUAGCGGCAGUGCCGAAACCUCGACAAGAAAGCAGUGACGAAUGAGCGUGCGUGCGAUCGACGACAGGACUGAGCGCUGACAGGGCCGCCGAGUCCGGAUCUCGGCGUCGAUCUGCUCGAUCCGAAUGGGUGCAGGUUUUUUGGAUGAAUGUUAUGAGUGAUGGUUCUGGUCUCGCUGUCGGAAGCUUCUUCAAGCCGUGCUGCGUUCCCAGCGCACAAGGUGGAGAUUCGAAGGGUAUCCAUGUUCGUUUGCUGGGGUCACAAGGACCUUCGUCUUGUGCCUGGACUUGGAGUUGCAGCAAUAGACUGGUUCUCAGUCUGUGCAGAAAAU